GAUUUGGCGAACUGUAAGGAUUACCCUCGGUGAAAUCCCUCAGGAUAAUCCGCUUUUAUCACGAUCAUCCGUGUUCCUAUAACUAUAUUUAUUGUUAUGGUAACAAAAUAAAGAAAGUAUUGAUAGUUUUUCUACAAUAUAAUAGGUGUCCUACGGGACGCAGAACAAUUUAAUAGUACAAUGUCAAUGAAUAGAAGAUUAGAUGAUCAGCAUCGUGUUAAUCCAACGGAACCAUUUCAACGUGUAAUAGCACCAACAUCACAGAGAUAUAAUACAGAAGUAGCAGAGAAUUUGUCUCGUAGUAAUUUAUCAUAUAGUAUGCCUGGCUUUCCGGUGAAUCAAGGUGGUCAUCAUCCUCCACCAGUCCAUCACCCAUUAGCUGGUGUACCAGCUCCAUCCCAGCCCCACCCCCCUCAACCAGCAGUGCAGCCACCACCAAUAUCAUCACAACAACAGAUGUCAUCAUUAUCAGAGGGUAGAAGUGCUUUUGAUACUACCAGUCAACAUGCUUUACAGAGGAUAUUUCCUAUGGAAUCUGAGUCCCAUAAUGCACAGGUUCAAGGUCAGCAGCAACAGUUUCAAAGAUUAAAAGUAGAAGAUGCUUUGUCCUAUCUAGACCAAGUUAAAUUACAAUUUGGUAAUCAUCCUCAAGUCUAUAAUGAUUUCUUAGAUAUUAUGAAGGAAUUUAAAUCUCAAACUAUUGAUACACCAGGUGUAAUAAAUCGGGUAUCUAAUUUAUUUAAAGGUCACCCUGACCUCAUUGUAGGUUUUAAUACAUUUUUACCACCAGGAUAUAAAAUAGAGGUACAAUCUGAAAUGAUUAAUGUACAUCAACCAGGACAACAGGUUGUAUCUAUAUCACAGAGUAAUGUUCUACAGUUAGCAUCAGCUACGCCAAUGCACCAUCAUCCACCCAGUAGUGCUAGUCAGGGUCAAAACAAUAAUUCAUCUGCCUCACAUCAUUCAUAUCAUCAAUCACCACGUCAUAAUCCUGACCCUACCCCUACACCACCAUCUUCACAACAACAACAACAACAGUCGCAGCCCCCACAACCACCACAACAGCAACAACAACAACAUAAUACUAACAACCAACAACAACAGCAACAACAAGGUGGUCAACCAGUAGAAUUCAAUCAUGCUAUAAAUUAUGUCAAUAAAAUAAAGGUCAGAUUUCAAGGCCAGCCUGAGAUCUAUAAACAAUUCCUUGAAAUUUUACACACCUACCAAAAAGAACAGAGAAAUUUAAAGGAGGGCUUAGUAUCAUCUACAUAUAAACCUUUAACAGAGGCAGAAGUCUAUUCACAAGUAGCCAAGUUAUUUCAAAAUCAGGAAGAUUUAUUGGCAGAAUUUGGUCAGUUUUUACCUGAUGCAAAUGGCUCUUCAGCCUAUGUGAAUUCUUAUGCCAGCAUAUUCUCAUGUGCUGUGAAUGAUUCAUCAGCAUUAGGAGUUAGAAAUGACCAUUCUUCUACUGUCAAAAAACCUGGUUUUAAUAAUAAAAACCCCUCAUCAAAGGGUCAUCAAUUAAAACGACCAUUACAAGGAUCACAGAUGCCAGCAAAGAAACCAAAAACAAGUAGUUUAAAAGACGUAUCACUAGCUGAAGCAGGAAAGUAUGGUACCCUAAAUGAGUUUGCAUUUUUUGACAAGGUGCGGAAAGCUUUAAGACAUCAUGAAGUUUAUGAUAAUUUUCUGCGUUGUUUGGUGUUAUUUAAUCAAGAAGUUAUAUCUAGAUCAGAACUGGUUCAGCUAGUCCAUACAUUUCUUGGAAAAUAUCCUGAGUUAUUUAAAUGGUUUAAAGAUUUUUUGGGUUAUAAAGAAUCUGGUGGUACAACAGAAUCCAUACCACAAACAGCUACAACUAAAGAAAGAAUUAGUGGUGAACUGGCCAUGGAAAUAGAUUUUGCUACCUGUAAAAGAUAUGGAGCUAGUUAUAGAGCUUUACCUAAAUCUUUUCCACAACCAAAAUGUUCUGGGAGAACACCAUUAUGUAGAGAGGUAUUAAAUGAUACAUGGGUAUCAUUUCCAUCCUGGUCAGAAGAUUCUACAUUUGUUACAUCUCGUAAAACACAAUAUGAAGAACAUAUUUAUAAAUGUGAAGAUGAGAGAUUUGAGUUGGAUGUAGUUAUUGAAGCUAAUUUAUCUACUAUAAGAGCUUUAGAGGGUGUAAAUAAAAAAUUAAGUCGUAUGACACCUGAAGAACAAGCUAAAUUUAGAUUAGAUAAUUCUCUAGGUGGUUCUUCUGAAGUUUUACAUCGACGAGCCAUACAAAGAAUAUAUGGUGAUAAAUCUCCAGAAAUUAUUGAUGGUAUGAAGAAAAAUCCCUGUGUUGCUGUUCCUUUAGUCUUGCGAAGAUUAAAAGCUAAAGAAGAAGAGUGGAGAGAGUCACAAAGAGGAUUUAAUAAAAUAUGGCGUGAACAAAAUGAAAAAUAUUACCUCAAAUCAUUGGAUCAUAUGGGCAUCAAUUUUAAACAAAAUGACAUCAAAACAAUUCGCUCAAAAGCAUUAUUAAACGAAAUAGAGACCAUAUAUGAUGAGCAUCAAGAACAGAUGAUAGAAGGACAGAAUGAAUCUAGUUCACCACAUCUAUCUUAUAUCUUUAAAGAUAGAUCAGUUAUAGAUGAUGCUACCAAUUUAAUAACACAUCAUAUGAAGAGACAAACUGGCAUACAUAAAGAAGAUAAAAGUAAAAUUAAAUUAUUAUUAAAUCAUUUUAUACCUGAUAUGUUUUUUUCACCACGUGGAGAUCUUAGUGAUGAUGAAAUGGAUAAAGAUGAAGAUAUGGAAACAGAUGAUUAUGAGAAACCAGAGAUUAAGAAAGAAAAGAUAGAUAAUGAUUAUAAAGAUGAUGAUAAUAGGAGUAAUGAUGUUAGUAUAACGUCUACUGAACCAGCUAGUGGUGAUAAAUUACUAUCAGAAAUAAAGAAAGAACCAGUUGAUACACCAGCCCAGUCAACACCAGCUAAUACUGAUACUACAGAUAUUAAACCACCUCUAGUGAAUGGUGUACAUGAUGAUCAGGAUGAUGAUGAUGAACGGUAUUCAUUGUUCUUUACCAAUAAUAAUUGGUAUUUAUUUUUCCGUUUACAUCAAUUAUUGUGUGAGAGAUUACAUCGUAUUAAUACAUUAACUCAGAAAAUAUUACAAGAUGAUAGUCGUAAAGAAAGAAAAGAUUCUACUGCCAUUGCUUUACGAUUGAAAACACCAUUUGAAGUAGAACCAGAAGAAUAUUAUACCUAUUUCUUAGAAAUGAUCAAGAAUUUAUUAGAUGGUCAUUUAGAAUCCAGUACGUAUGAAGAUCAACUUAGAGAAAUGUUUGGUAUUCAAGCUUAUAUAGCGUUUACUAUGGAUAAAUUAGUUCAAAAUAUAGUUAGACAGUUACAACAUAUAGCAUGUGAUGAAACAUGUCAAAGAGUAAUGGACAUAUAUCAUGAAGAAAUGAAGAAUAAUGCUACUGGAGGUAGAUUAGCUACACAACACCAACGAUUAGCACCAGAAUCAGCUUACCAACGUCGUGUAGAACAAUUACUUACAGAAGAAAACUGUUUUAAAAUUGUUCUUUAUAAACAAGAAUGUAAAUUAACAUUAGAGUUAUUAGAUACAGAACAUGAACAGAUAGAAGAUCCAGUGGAGGUAGAGAAAUGGUCAGAAUAUGUAGAACAAUAUGUAGCACAAGAUGAAUCUAUAUCUGAUGAAUUAAAAGAUCAGUUAACUAAGAAACCAGUCUUUUUACCACGUAUUGUUCGACAAUCCAGGCAGCAUAAUAAAAAUAAAACUCAAGUGGAAGAAGAAGAAAAAGAAAGUGAAAAGGAAAAAGAGAAAGAAGAAAUUAAUGAAGGAAAAGAAGAAAUUAAAGAAGAAAAUAUUGAUGAGAAUAAAGUAGACAAUAAAGAAAGUGAAAUAGUAAAAAGUAAAACAGAAGAUAUGGACAUCAUGGAUAGUACAGGGUGUAAAUUUAAUGUGAAUUCUUUUAAAAUGGUUUAUGUUGUUAAUAGUGAGAGUUAUUUAUAUAAAAGAAUGGCAUUGAAAAAAGCACGCGAGUCCCACAAACGUGUUUCAUUGAAGCUUCAUGAGAAAUUCAUGAGAAAAGUUGAUAAAUGGAGGAGAGAGAAUGUUAGCAGUGAAUUAGAGACAAAUUGUUCACAAUGGUUAUUAGGGAAAGGAGAAGGAUUAAAGGCGUGUAAAACACAGUGUAAUAAGAUCUAUCUACCUGAUAAAUCCCCAUAUUAUCAAUAUAAUAAAUAUACUGUAGAAUAUAUAGACAAUAAUACUUCUACCAACAAACCUGAUAUAGAAAAAUAA